CACAUUGAUCGAAUCACAUGAAGAGGUGGAAAAGGUGGCAUAAUGGAGGUCACCCCAGGUUGCAAGGUGUUGCUUCCUCUUCUUGUCACAAGCCUAACGAUACUGUUGGUCAAGGGGGAAACAUGCGGUCCAAUUGGUUAUAAAGCAACUGAUUUGUUAAAGCCAGCAUAUUGGUAUUUUGAUUUAAACAGAACAGAGUGUGACAAAUUGCCAAAGCCCAAAUCAUUUGAUAUAAUUGUGCCAGGAAACAAUUCACAACAUGCUUGCCGGUUCUAUAUGCACAUCUGCAAGGGUAUGACAUACCAGUGCUCAGGAACUGUGUGCCUACGAUAUCUUCACACUGAGGAUUAUGUUUCUCUUCUGGGUAGUGAAAUAUCUAAUCCUUUCAAUGAAGGACACAAGACAUUUGAAUCGACAUUCAUUGGAGAAAGUAGUUUAUGUAAAGACUCAAAUGCAUAUGUGCAAACAAACAUCAAAUUUGUCUGUGACUUAAAAGCCAACUGGAACACAUCCAUAGUGCACCACCAUGGAGGGGCAUUAUCCCCAAAUCCUGUUGUUUUCUCAUUUGACAAGGCGGCUUGCAGGCUCAACGUUCAGUUUAAUUACUCUGGUGCAUGUGAAAAAUUUGAAAAUGGAAGCACUCCUGGCAAAAGCAUUAGUAUAGGAUCAAUUAUUUUAAUAUUGUUCUUUCCUGGCUUAGCAUUGUAUUUCAUAAUGGGUAUGCUGAUAAAUCGCAUGGCUGGACAUCAUGGCAAAGAGCUUAUACCACAUGCCUCAUUUUGGUUGUCACUUCCAGAUUUGAUUAUGGAUGGUUUUGUGUUUACUAUGCAAACAAUAACUUGUCGAAAGGAGGACAGAACGAGCUAUGAGACAAUGUAAAAUGUUGAACUGUGUACCAGCGACACGCCCCGAAGCUCGUACCACUUUUCUUGUGGAGACCAAUCAAAACACAAAUGCAGUUUCUGAUGUGCUCAGCUUCGCAACCGCUUGUCUUUUGGAGGAAGAUAAUCGCAAGCAGAAAUUUAUUUGCAACAUUUCGCUAAUAAUUAUUUGUCAAGUAAAAUUUGCAUGUAUCUUAAGUAGAAAUAGUUAAGUUAAUGAAUGGUAAACAUUGGAUUACACUAAGUGAUUGAGGAUCAAUUCAAGCAGCUAUUUUAGCGGUAAAUUCAUCCAACUACGCCUUAUUACUUGAACGAUUAUAAGAUUGCUAGCUAUUUAAAUUCCGAUAUUCUAGCUUACGGUUUUGUAAAGUUUGUAAACUUAAAAUUGAAGGCAUCGAUAUUGCCCUAGAGUUAAAUCUUCAGAGAUCUGGUAAACAGUGCACUGAAUUUGUACUACCCCAAUGAGAUGUAUACUACCCUUACCCACCCUCCUCUCUUCAGAAUUAACCCAAAGCCCUUUAUUUGUCUGGACACAUUGUACCAUGCUGGUAUAUCGUACGCUAUAAUGAAAUCGCUUAAUCGUCUUGCUUCAUGUCCUGUGUUUUAUAAGGCUAUAAUUGAAUUAAAAUAAAUAUCUUAAAUCGAUAUAUCAGUCGACCAUACGAUCCAUGAUAGAGGGGGAAAGGGGGGGGGGGUAGGGAAUCACUUUAGUUGAGGACAAAUGCAUCAUAGAAAAACUGUUGUUGAAGGAACCUGAUAUGACCUUGAUUUCCCGACUCAACGUUCUGUUUCCUAUAAAAAGCAAUGAAGUGCCCCCUUCCUGGAAAAGCGAUUUCCUGCUCUCACUUGGCAGAAGGGACCUGUAGCGGCGCCACUGCCUUCGGAUAAAACUGGCGUUCCCUGUUGGUAAAAGAGCGUUUUCUGGUGGUUAGAAGGGCGUGGCUUGAACUUUUUGGUUUGUCCCCCCCAGAGCUUAGUGGCUGGCUCCGCCAUUGGGAGGGACCCUUCAAUGUGUAGUAUUACAUAUAAGUCAGCGUAGACUCAAAGUACAUAUUCUGGGAUAUCCCUGUACACGAUAAAAAAAAUGAAAAAAGAUAAAAGCUGGACCCCCAACCUCUCUCUACAAGACAACAUUCAAUUAACAGUGUCUUUCAAAAACAUGGCGUACCAGACUUGCUUUUACUUUGUUUUCUGUUAUGAGAUAGUUUUCUUGAAUAUGCAUCAUUUUAAUGAAAUUCAGUGUAUGGGGAACGUUACAUCUUCAGGUUUUGAAGUAAAAGGUGAUUUUGGAUCUAUUUUCAA